AUGAGCAACGAUGAGAUCAACAGGCCGCCAGCUUCCUCUUCCCGGAAGGAGGGCCGCGCUCCAGGGAUGUGAUUGGCAGCGGCCGGCCGGAGCGCCGCUACUUCCCCCUGCUCGGCGCUGAGGCUUCCCGGAACCCGGCUGGGGGCUGCGGGUCGGCCCGGGGCCGCUUCCCCCUCGCAGCGGCCCACAGGCAGGAGGCCAGCGCGGACCAUGUCGGAAGCGGCGGCGGCAGCCAGUGCAGGCAUGUCCGAGGCCUUCGCCCAACCUCACAUCAAGCAGGAGCGAAACGCAUAUACCCCACCUGUCAGCCCCGUGCCACCAUUCCCCAGCUCCAUUCACGGGGCUGCUUCCGAGGGUAGACACAUGGCAGAUGGAUCACAUACUGUUCCCACCCACCUUCGACUGCAGCCUGUGUUCUGGAGCAGGCUCGACGUCGGUCAGUGGCUGAAGUGGGCAGAGCAGGAGUACUCUCUGCGCCCGAUGGACUGCAACAUGUUUGAGAUGAACGGCAAAGCCCUGUGCUUGCUGACCAAAGAGGACUUCAGGUAUCGCUGCCCGCACUCAGGCGAUGUCCUCUACGAGUUACUGCAUCACAUUUUGAAGCAGAGGGAGUCACCCGUGUGGUACCCACCGUUCCUGCAGUGGGGGAGUACGCCACAUAAUCCGCCCGAGAUCAUCCUUCACAAUCACUUGGAAAGUGCGGUGCACAGAAACCUGCGGUCGUCGGAACAGGCCGGCCACCAAAUGCAGCCCUCUGUGGAGCGGCUGCUGCAGUCACCGGCGCGCAGCAACCAUCGGCUCUCUCCAGAGAUGGACCAGGAGAGCUCGCAUAACCUCCUGCCAUCAGCGGACAGGAACCAAACCCCCAGGUCGCAGGCGGAGAACACGCACAGCUCCUCGCCGGACAUGGAGCAGAGACUUUCCAUUUCCCCGGUCGAUGAGAACCACUGCCCCUCGGGCAACGAACAGAUGCUACAUCCGCAGCAGGCGAACGGCUCGCCACAAGACAACUCCCGCUACAUCCAACUAAUUCCCACUUCCAUGAUGAACCCCAUUAUCUUUAACAGCAGGCAGCCAUUGGAGUUCAGGCCCAGACCGUCAGAGGACAAUUCACACAAGGAGAAGCCAUUAAACCUUUCCCAUAAGGAGGAACAGCUCUACAGGAACCAUCUCAUGGUCCCAGUGCAAGCUCAGGAAGAGCCAUUGAUGCCCAUUGGGAGGAUUGCAGACUGCAGGCUCUUGUGGGAUUAUGUCUACCAACUGCUGUCGGACAGCAGAUAUGAAGCGUUCAUCCGAUGGGAAGAUCACGAGUCAAAGGUUUUCCGAAUCGUGGACCCUAAUGGCCUUGCACGUCUGUGGGGGAACCACAAGAACAGAACAAACAUGACGUAUGAGAAGAUGUCAAGGGCUCUUCGCCAUUACUACAAACUCAACAUCAUCAAGAAGGAGCCUGGACAGAGGCUCCUGUUCAGGUUUAUGAAAACACCGGACGAGAUUGUCAACAGUCGAUCGGACCGCCUGGAACACCUGGAGUGUCAGGAGAUGGAGGAGCCUCUGUACCAGGACGAGGAAUGUUGAAUGUGGUAGCGGGGGAAACUUGGUACACUUGCUGGAUGUGAAUUACUUGCCAAGAUGUAAUGGUUGACGGACUGGCAACCCCGAGUUCUGGAGCAGAAAGUGGCUCAGUGAAGUGCUGGAGACACUUGCGGCUCACCUAGUAGUACUCCAGUAUAUCGCUAUAUCUAUUCUACACUGCUGUUUCAUUACUGUGACAACCCUCAACCAUUUAUUUGACCAGUGAUUGGGAGUUGCUAAAGAUACGCAGAGGUUCAGCCCAGACCCGGAAGCCCACAAGAGUAGAAGAUGCUCCCGUCAUGGGCUCUGUUCUGCUUCGGGGCCAAGGGAGCGGAGCCAGACCUGACUGAUAGAUCUCGUGCUGGAACUCUGUCUGUGUCAGCCUGCUAGGGUGGGGGAGUGGGGUAUCCUGCUGUCCAAUGCACUAUUUCUCUUAAUAGUUAUAACUUGAAUUUUGAGUUUUUUAAAAAAAAAAUGUAAUUUCUCGCUCUUUCUCUCUGAGCUCAUGCUGAGAAUCCAUAUUUCUGACAAAAAACACACUUUGUAUCAACUCUUUUUAAGCAAUGCUACACCUCAAAUUAAAAUGAAAAUGGAUUCUAGAUAUG